AUGCUUCGUGACGGCAUCACAGGUGAUUGGAUUGGUACAUUUUUAGGCCACAAAGGUGCCGUCUGGCAAUCCCGCCUCUCAGCCGAUGCAGCCAUUGCAGCCACCGCCGCAGCUGAUUUCUCAGCAAAGGUCUGGGAUACUUAUACCGGCGAGUGCCUCCACACCCUCCAACACGCACACAUCGUCCGCGCCAUUGCCUUCCCCAUCCAAGCAAACCCGCAAGUCCUGGCAACCGGCAGCGCCGAAAAGAAACUCCGCAUCUUCGACCUUACCCGCAGCGGUGGCAGCAACGGCUCUUCCCCAAGCAGUCCUGAGAAUGCUGAUACCAUCGCAAGCUACGAGAUCGGGCCCGGCGUGCACGGCGGCACUAUCAAAUCGAUUGUCUGGAACCAGGACCCGAGCAUCCUGACGACAGCCGCCGAAGACCGCAAGCUGCGGUGGUGGGAUCUGCGGUCGCGGGGCGCGAUCGUCGAGCGCGAGGUCGACGGGGCGAUCGGGACGUGCGAGCUGAACACGCUGUCCACGCGGCCGAACGAAUCGGCGAUUAUGACCGUGGCAGCGGGAAAAAGUGUGUAUGUGUAUGAUGGGGUUGUGCCAGGUCGAAUCUUGAAGAAAUUUGACUUCGACUACGACGUUGCUAGUGCAGCGGUGAAUCAGGAGUCGGGGCGCUUGGUGACUGGUAGUGCGAAUGAUACGUGGGCGCGAGUUUAUGAUCUGGACACCCAGGAAGAGCUUGAGGUUCAAAAGGGCCACCAUGGCCCCAUUUGGUCGGUUAGCUUCUCGCCGGAUGGCAAGCUUUAUGGUACUGGCAGCGAGGAUGGGACCAUCAAGUUGUGGAAGGCGUGCCGCGAGCCGUACGGCCUGUGGCGGUAA